CAAGCACACCACCACCGUCCGACAUUUUCUGCCUGCACGCCCGCAAUUGACCCGUUGACGUCGCACAGGACCCGGGAUUUUGGUGAGAAUAUCAUGCUGCCGAGAUAGUCGCGCUCCCAGUCUGUCUGGAGCUGUACGGAAAGAGAAGGAUGUCAUUGCGCGCGACAUCGGCGCUGCUCACGCGCUUCCGCGCUCGCAUACCACCGUCCUUGCGGGUACGGAGAGUGACGGACUCGGGGCAUCAACGCACGUUGUUCGGCCACGCCGUCCUCAUUGCCGAACUCUCCAUCCUCACCCACCUCACAUUCAAAUACCUCUUCAGCAUCACGCCCACCAAUGGCAUCUCCAUGAUGCCCACAAUCCCACAUUCCUACCGCCACUCCCCACUCAUCCUAACCUCGCAUCUUCACCGCCGCGGCCGAAGAAUCAAAGUCGGCGACAUAAUAACCUACCAACACCCCAUUAUCCCACACUCCGCCGGCGCAAAGCGUGUCAUCGGUAUGCCCGGGGAUUUUGUGAGCGUGGUGACGCCGGGACGGGAUGAGUUUGGGGAGGAAGGGGAGUUUGGUAGUGUGAGAGAGGAGCUGAUUAGAGUGCCUGAGGGGCAUUGUUGGGUUGCGGGUGAUAAUUUGGAGUGGAGUCGGGAUAGUCGGGUAUUUGGACCUGUGCCGUUGGCGUUAGUGAAAGGGAAGGUGGUUGCGUUGAUUCUACCUUGGGGGCAGAGGAGGUGGUUUGGGGAUGGGGUUGAGGAUGUGAAGGAUAUGCAUGGGGUUGUUACGACUGUGUGAGGGGGAUUUUUGAAGGAUGUGUGUAUAUAGAUUGGGAGAAGUUGAGGAGUGGCAUGUGUAUUAUACUGAGAUGUAUGAUCGAGAUCACGAAGAUCAUGUAGAUAGAACACAUAGACAGAACAAAAUUUAAGGAUUGUGAUGUCCUACAUAUUUCCUAGGGCUAACAAUCAAAUUCUAG